GAACAACACUCAUUUACUACAAAAAUAUAUAAACAGAGCAAAAACAGAGUAUUUCAGAAAUAAAAAGAGGGGCGAUCAGAAAAACAAGAACACAUAUAACAGGGGCGAUCUCAAAAACACAAAUAUUUCAUCAAUGGCAAGAACAUCAAGUAUGGUCAUUUUAGCUGCGGUUUUUGUAGCCGCCUUGUUUCAUAGCUCCGCCGCUCAGGCCACCACUCAUGUGGUGGCUGGUACCACCGGUUGGACUAUUCCUAGUGGAGAUGCAGCUCUUUACUCCAAUUGGGCCGCUGGCCAAACUUUUUCCGUAGGCGACAUUCUUGUGUUUAACUUCGCAAACAACGCACAUGAUGUGACUAAAGUAACAAAGGCCGAUUACGAUGCUUGCACAUCAACCGCCCCUAUUUCUCAGGCAACCACUACUCCAGCAAGAAUCACCAUCAAUGCAGCCGGCGAACACUACUUUUUGUGCAGUUUCCCCGGCCACUGCGGUGCAGGUCAAAAGUUAAUGAUUAACGUUAGUGCUGCUGCAACUCCGGCUCCACCACCUUCAACUCCAGCCCCACCACCUCGAUCCACCACACCUACACCAGUCUCCGCCCCAACACCUGCUCCACGUACCCCAGUUGCUGCUCCUACACCUGCUCCACGUACCCCAGUUUCCGCUCCUACACCUGCUCCACGUACCCCAUUUUCCGCCCCAGCACCCGGUCCAGUUUCUACACCAGCACCCACCGGCACCGCCACCCCACCAGCAACCUCCACCUCUCCUUCAUCCCCAACAACUCCUUCUACCCCAUCGCCGGCAGGAACUACUGGUCCUCCUCCCGACAGUUCUGCUAAACAACUCGGUGUUGCCGGUGUUUCUGCUACUUUGUUGUCGAUUGUUGUAGCUUUUUUGUAUUAGAAUGAACUGACUUGUUAAAUUAGUGUGUGUGAGAGAGAUUCAUUUUGGUUUGUAUCAUUUGUUAUACAGAUUGAGUUUUUUUAUUUAUUUACACAUUUAAUAAAGCUGUUUUUCAUUUACAGCUUAAUCA